AGCAGACGCAAGAGCGGAGAGGGAGGAGGAACAACGAGGAUAUACGUAACCGGGAUCUCAGCUGUAUUAGCGGAAGACAGGAUUCAGGCUUCCAGUGACAACCGUAACAGCAAUAUGGGGAACUAGUCCAGGGAAGAGCAAAUCAAACAUGGAUUAAACAUACGCGUCUGCUCAUCUGACCACAGUCGCGCCGCCAUUCAUUCAAAAUAUCGAGUGCUAGCAUUGAUUUUGUGUCACAUAUACCUUAUCGUACUUAAUACAGCACCAGAAUUGCUAAGUAAGGUAGCCCACUUAACUGAUAGGGAAGAGCAUCUGCUGUUUAAUUCGGCGUGUAGGACAUUGUGCUGUAAUUUAUGUGAUAGCAGGCUAUCUAUAUAUUAAACCCGGCUUUGCUCAAGAGUUUCUUUGCUUGGCUUCGAGGCACCAGCAAUGCUCUCUGAUAUACUGGGUUCCUAAUGCUCAGCUUGAACUGACCUGUAGUCUUCUGGCAGCAAAAUAAAGUGAGAUCCUCAGUAUACGCCAGACAAAGACCUUUGGCUUUUCGGCAGAAGGUAUCAUGUCUUCCAGAGAACGACGCUCUGACCUGUACAUAAAGGCUGAGCCUAGCAGUCCUGAGGGAGGCGGAGGAGGUGGCGGAGGGAGGACCAGCCCAGGAGGAGCAUCUUCAGACUCCUCUCAGAGUGGAGGAGGGGGAUCCAGAGGAGAAGGCGCUGGCCGCUACUCCCCACCCCUCUACACACCUGCCCUGCGCUGCCAUUUUAAGGAGGAGGGUGCAGAUGGAGCCGAAGAGGGCUCAACUGGUAGUGGAGGAGGGCGUUGCAAGUAUGCGUUAAGCACACUUCCCAAAAGGCUGUGCCUGGUGUGUGGAGAUGUGGCAUCUGGCUACCACUAUGGAGUGGCUUCAUGUGAAGCCUGUAAGGCUUUCUUCAAAAGAACCAUACAAGGCAAUAUUGAGUACAGCUGUCCUGCCUCUAAUGAAUGUGAGAUCACCAAGCGCCGCAGAAAGGCUUGUCAGGCGUGUCGCUUCACCAAGUGCCUCAAAGUAGGCAUGCUCAAAGAAGGAGUUCGCUUGGACCGAGUCAGAGGUGGACGACAGAAGUACAAGAGACGCCCUGAGGUGGAAAAUGCCACGUACCAGAGUGCACCAAUACCUUUAAGGAAGGAGGGAGAGAAGGGUUCAUCCAGCAUCAUUGUGUCUCAUCUGCUGGUGGCGGAGCCAGAAAAACUGUUUGCUAUGCCAGACCCCCUGCAGCCUGAUACAGCCCAGCGCACGCUCACCACUCUCUGUGACCUGGCCGAUAGGGAACUAGUUGUCAUCAUCGGCUGGGCCAAGCACAUUCCUGGCUUUCUCUCCCUGUCACUGGCUGACCAGAUGUCCGUGCUGCAGUCGGUGUGGCUGGAAGUGUUGGUGUUGGGGGUUGCUUAUCGUUCUCUGGGCUGCGAGGACGAGGUAGUGUUUGCUGAGGACUUUGUUCUGGAUGAGGAGAUGUCUCGUGUGGCCGGUCUGACCGAACUGAACGCUGCCAUCAGUCAGCUGGCACGCCGCUUCCGGGCCCUGCAGCUCGACCGCGAGGAGUUUGUCAUGCUCAAGGCCAUCGCCCUCACCAACUCAGAUUCGGUGUACAUUGAGGACAUGGAGGCAGUGCAGAAGUUACGAGACCUGCUGCAUCAGGCUCUUUUGGAGCUUGAGGUUCAGCGGCGUCCAGAUGAUCCUCAGCGCGCUGGACGUCUCCUCCUCACCCUGCCUCUCCUCAGGCAGACAGCCGGUCGAGCCCUCACCACCUUUUACAGCAUCAAAACCCGUGGCGGCGUGCCAAUGCACAAACUCUUCCUGGAGAUGCUGGAGGCCAUGAUGGACUCACCCUAGACCACACACAGACAACACAUGGAUGAAGGAUGAAGAAAACGGGCUCUACGUUUGCCCAAAGUCAAUUUUAUGUGUGCGCAAGGGCUCCAAAAGCCAAAAGAAAACUAUUUUGGGGGUUGAAUAUGAAGACAACGCUUUGUGUAGGUGUUCGCCAGAUCUGGGCUUUCACAUCCUAUUCUUCUCCAUUCAAUUUCCAAUGAGUAUCCCGUCAGCGUAGGCUUGGGUCAGUUUUAAUAUUUAUAUCAGUGUUAGAGAGGAACAUGUAAUUCAUUGUCACUUCACGGCCAUCCAGAUAAGUGUUUUAGGAGCUAACCAUUACUGUAAACUCAGAGAAAUUCACGUGCCAAGGGCGCCUACUGAGACUGCAGCAAUAUAAACUCUUCUCUGAAUUGCACAAUUCAGCGAUGUUUCCUCCUUUACUGAUAGUAGGCCAUUGAAGCAAGCUCUUGAUCACUACAGUUAGCUUUCUAUUUCUCCUUAAAUCGGUGCAUUAAAAGCACAGAUUUAAGUUAAUAAUGUCUGUGUUAGUUGAUAAUGUCUUUUCUAAUGCACUCGCCAUACUACAAGUGCUAUCUAACCUUGUCCUGCUAGCUUUUUGUGGAAUAUGCAAAGACUUACUGGAGGAAAUACAGCUAAACAAUCUUCAGUUUACUGGUCUACACUGGUACUGCAAAUGCAUCAUAUUAACAGAAAGCAAUAUGAAAGAUUUCAUAGCUCGUUUGAUGUCAGCCUUUUUUCAAAAAAAGAGCGGCUGCGAUGCCACGUUCUGCUUCAAAAUGAAUUUAGUAUUGGUGUAGUCGCAUAAAGAAAAAAAACUUUUAUGAUUGUUGACCAUUUUCAGGCCGUCCUUUGUAUAAUAGCAAGUUGUUUUAUCAUUUUUGGGAUGCAGAUUGAGUGAAUGGGAGAUUUUGGGUACUAUAAAUGCUGAACUGAACCAACAGUGCGUCUAAAUCAGGGUAAACGGGGAUUUUUUUUCCUCCUGUAGGCCACUACUGUAGUUUGAUAUUAUUAUUUUUUUUGCUGUGAUAUUUUUUGGACACUGUUGGAUUCUUCAGAAGACACUGGCCUGCUUGUGAAAGACUUUUCAGAGGAAAGAUCAUUUUCCACACUGUAAUCUUCAUUCAUUCAUCGACGCAGCCGGACAGCCGAUUCGUUCUGUGAUAUUCAAACUGAAAGCCUCUGUGGCGCAGAGCAACAUUAGAUGCAAAUUGGAAAGCCUCAUGAGAAGAGCUUAAUCAGACUCUUGGUUUAAGAUGUGUUUGCGUGGUCUCCUCAUAGUUGUUUGUUUGCAGACUCUUGUCUGGUAUUAUAUGCAAUCAUACUCCGUUAAAGAGUGCAACUCUGCUACCUUUUAUUUAUUCUAAAGGUGUGAAAACAGGAGGAAGAAAAGCCAGUUGCCAUUUUUUUGGCAUCUUUACCAAUUUAAAUACUAUAAAAAAGAUAACCACUGUUGUCCAGAGUCAGACCUCGGAGGUGAAGCCACAUCUUCAGGGUGAUUUUUCACUGUUCGCAGCAAUGAUUGUAUGCGCGCUCGCAAAAUGGUUCCUAUGCCAUAGACGAAGGUAGAAAGAAUCUUCCAAGAUUGAUAUUUAUAAUAUUUUCAGCUCAAUAUUAGUAUCUGCUGAUUUCUAGUCCAAAAUACUGAGGGGACGCAUCGUGAGAAUCAUGUGAGUUUCUGUUGCUCAUUCUGUGCUUGACUUUAGUGUUUGGUUUUUCAUAUAGACUAUGAAGCUUGGCCUCAGGUUUGGUAAUGAAAUAAAGCAAUUCAUUUGGGAGAAUGUUAUGAAACGUCUGUUUUGUAUUGAAUUGUUUUUUAGAUUUUUUUGUGAUUAAAGUACUAACUUUUAAGACAUAUGAAAGCCAGUUGACGUUAUAUUCCUGUGUCAUUUUUUUCUGUGACAUUUUCAUUCAAAAUGGUAUUUGUAGAUUUUAGACACGAACAUGUGUGUCGAUCUCUGCAAAACAAAAUCUUUUUUUUUUUUGGAAAAUACAGCUAAUUUGGCUGUUAAGGGAAUUUCUGGGAUAUUUCUGUUUAAUUUUGGAUCCGAUCUAUAAACGUUAAGCUAAAAUAUGAUUUUGUGACAUUGGAGUGUUUUUUUUUUUUUUUUUUAUACACAGAAGUUAAUGUCUCUCCCAAGUGGUUAUUGGGAUGUCAUGGAUUGUGUACAUAACCAUGAAUGAGUGGGUCCAUUCAAAGACAGCUGUAAAAUAUGUCAAUGUUUGUGUCAAUAAUAACUCUAAUAUAACGAUGAUAUUACAGUAGUGUUUUCAGAAUUGUAAGCAUUAUAUAUAUAUAUAAAGCCAUUUUGUCUGUCAGACUUAGUACAUAACAUGGUUGAGAGAUAAAUUAAAUUCAUGGCUAGGUGUUUUUGUGUGUCUGUGUAUAUUUAUGUAAAUGAGCAAUACCAGAAUUUACCAAAAUGUUUGUUUUCACAUUUUUUCUGUAUAUUGAUAUACUGUAAAGCAAACCUCAAAAGUAACACUAGUGAUGAUAACAGUCGAUAGUAAUAAUAAGAACUACAGUUAUGAACAAAUCAAUAUUUGUAUUCCAAAAUGUUGUAUUUAAAAGAUUAAAAUCUAUUUUUUACUCAA